AUGGGCUCAACACCGCGUCAUAUCUCUGCGUUCCUCUCCAUCCUGCUAAUCCUCCUCAUGCUUCUGUGUCCAUCUCUUGCAGAAGACCCCGCCUUCGAGCUCGGCAACGAGACCACCACGCACCUGCACUUCUUCUUCCACGACAUCGUGACCGGCCCCAAUCCCACCGCCGUGCGCAUCGCUCAAGCCUCCGUCACCAACAAUUCCCCGGCGGCCUUCGGCGCCCUGGUGAUGAUGGACGACCUCCUGACGGAGGGGCCGGACUCGGGGUCGAAGCUGCUGGGGCGGGCGCAGGGUGUGUACGGGCUCGCGUCGCGGGACGAGCCCGGGCACCUGCUGGUAGCCAUGACCCUGGCCUUCGUCGACGGGGAGUACAACGGCAGCACGCUCGCGGUGCUCGGUCGCAACUCCGUGUUGUCGGCGGUGAGAGAGAUGCCGGUCGUCGGGGGGAGCGGCAGGUUCCGGCUGGCCCGCGGCUACGCCCUCGCCAAGACCCACGAGCUCGACGUGGCCACCGGCAACGCAGUGGUGGAGUACGACGUCUAUGUCAUGCACCAUUAUCAUGUGUCUCAAUAA